AUGGGUAAUUCAGAAUCGAAAAUAGACGCUCUUUAUAAGCAACACCUUAUUAAAUUGGCUCGACCGGAUAUAGAUCCUGACGCCAACAAGACUAGAGGUCAACCUACACCUACAAUAAGUGGUGAAAGUAUUGACGAGAAGGUACCAGCCACCAAUGAUAUGGACGGUCCUGUUACGAUACCUUUGUUUAACAGAGAAAUGGAAUCUAUAGGUAUGGAUUUCCUUAUAUCAUUUUAUAAUGGCGAAAUUCAUGAUAUGGAUAUAAUAAAUAGUACUCCCAUCUUUAAUGGUUUUUAUGAAGAUUUCAUUAAUGCUGCGCAAACUCUAUCUGCUGAGACUUUUAAUUCCUUAAUUUCAAGUAACGAACUGAGGAAGAUUUUCAAAAUUAAUCCACAAAAUUUUAUUAACUUGUUAAGAUUUGCUAUUUUGAAAAUUAUCCUAAUUACAAAUUAUUUGAGUUUGAUAUCAUUACCAGGAAAUAAUAGUAAUAAUAUUAAUAGGAUAUCUUCAGCAUCAUCUAAUUCAUCUGCACAAUCAUCUUUUAUGGAAUCUACGUCAGGCUCCUCAACGAAUGAAGUAUCACUGAAAUUAAAUCAUUUACUGAUAUCAAUAAGGAUCUUGACAAAAUUAUUCCCAAUAUAUUUGGAAACAACUGGCAACAAGAAAAAAAUAAGUAUAGAUUUUUGGAAACCUGACUCUAUACAGGCAAUAUUUGGUAUUGACUCAAUAAACAUCGGACCGGAAGAAUUAGCAUUGAAUUCCUUAGGUGAAAGCUUGUUAACUUCAUGUGUCAAGUUAUGUUUUAUUCAAGGAUUUACCAUUCCAUUACAAUCAAACGUUAAAACAAUGACAACAAGUAAUAAGAAUAACAAACCAGGCAAGUUUUCUUUGAUAAUGUGGGAAAAUGGGAUUGAGACUGUUGAUAUAGGUUAUUCACCUAAUAACCAAUCUCCAAAAUUGGACUCAAACCGAUUGCAAAUCAUCUCAUUAUUAUUAACUUUAUGUUCAAAAGAUCUCUACCAACAGCCGACGUCUGCAUCAUCAUCAUCAUCAUCAUCAUCAUCAAACAAUGAAUUCUUAUUACAUUUCUCCUCAUUACCAUCAACGUCAGCAACUUCGAUUCCUUCCAACUCUAUGAAUAACUUGAUGACUUAUUUUACUUCAUCUCUUGUAAAUACAGUUUGUCAAUAUUGUUUGAAUUAUAAUCUUCAUUAUAUGAAUCCAUACAAAGAAAAUACGAACUUAAACUACAAGUUAUCGAACAACCAAAAUUUAUCUAUCCUAAAAUCAAGUUUAAUACAAUCUUCAGUACAAUUACUGAAUUUACUUUUAUUAAGUAAUCCUAAUGUUUCCAUUACCACCAAUACAAUUAAGAAUCACUUAAGUAAUUUGAAAAGAGAACGAGAUCUGAAACUACUUUUAUCUGCAUUCGUUAAAAUAUUUAAAUAUCCAAUAGACCAAAUGAUUGAAGUGGAAUCAAAUCCCUUCUCAUUUUCAAAUGAUUCUUCAAGUUCCAAGAUAAAUAAUUAUGAUCCCAGUUUGAAAAAUAACCUGAACAUCAAUAACAAACCUUCAAAUACUAAUAAUAAUAUUACCAUGACCUCUAAUAAUUUUAAUGCACAUAACGAUACAAACACUAGUACCACAAAUAAUAGUAAUAAUAAUAACACCAGUGGUGAAACAAACGCUUCUUUACCAAGAAUACCGAAAUUAUCAUUUCAAAUGAUUGUCUUCAUAAUAAAUCUUAUGAAUGCGAACAAAUUGUUCAGAAAUUACUUUAUGGAUAAAUUUGCUAACAAAUUUAUAAUAUUUGCCAUUUAUUUUUUGAAAUUUUAUCCCAUGGGUCCAUCAUCAAACCCAAAAAUUAGUACGUUUUUACAAAUCAGUAUUGAAUUGUCAUUAUCCUUAUCAUCAAAACAUUUGGUUCAAAGAAAAUUGUUAAAUUCAUUUACAAUUAACUAUUACACGAAUAAAUUACCAAACUCAUUUAAAAUUUCAAAUGUUUCCAACAUUAAUAAUCUAAGUUAUAGAGAUUUUGCAAUUACUCAAUUAUCAAACAUUUUAGUAAAUGAUAUUCGAUCUAAUUCUCCAACUAUUCAUUUAAAACCAUAUUGUUAUGAAUUGAUUUAUAAUUUAUUACCAAUUAAUCAAACUGUUUUCAAUGUCCAAAAAAAUGAACCUGAUGAUAUGACUCCACUAUCAUCAAAUAAUCAAAAUUAUUAUAAUUUAAAUUAUAUCGCAUCAAUAUCACUACUACAUCUUUUAUCCAAAUCAUCAAAUAAACAAUAUUUAUCGUCAUUUUCUCCGUCAAAAUUUUCUGUUAAUAACAAAUUUAAUAAUUCUAUUCAACAAUGGCAACAAAAAAAUGAAUCUGAGAAUGGAAUUAGUCCAUCCUUACCACGCCAAUAUUAUUACGCAUCACCAAGUUUUAAAUUGGAUAUCUUAUCGAUUCUUUUAAGAUCAAUCUUAACAUACAUUGUGACAUGUUUUAGAAAUUCAAAAAAUUUAAUAUUUGUAUUAGCAAGACAUCAUGGUGUCCUAUUACAAUUAAGAGAUUCAAUUUUGACAAUCUCAAAAUUAAUCGAUUCUGAGAACUUGAAUCUAAAUAAUUUCAUUCAAUUUAAUUCUUCAAAAAUCAUCAAUAAUAACCUAUCUCCGCAACAACAACAACAACAACAACAACAACAACAAAGGAUGAUCAGUACUAACAACAUCAAUAAUAGCAAUAAUAAUAAACUAACAAAUAAUGCAAACAAUGACACCAUCAAUAAUAAUAAUAAUAUUCCUUUACCGUCAAACGAAGCAAACUUGCCGCCUUUUUUGGUAGCCAAAUUGAAUAAAACACUAAGUAAACGACAAAAUAAUGAAAAUAAUAACGAUAAUGAUCAUGCUGAGUACAGUGAUAGUGAUGAAUAUGACGAUGACGACAAUGAUGAUGACAAUGGUGGUGUCGCUAAUAAUAAUGGCAGAAUGUCGAUGAAUAAUGGCAAACGGGUUUCAUCGAAAUCUAAUAAUGCUAAUAACGUUGAUAAAAAGGACUCAGAUCAUGAGAAUAAGAAUAUUCAAAUACAUGAAUAUUUCAAAUUUGAUAAUGAUUUAGAAUUGUUUAAUUUAUUAUCUACAAGACCAAAUUGGCCAUCAGGGAUUAAUUCCAAGAUAAAUGGUAAAAUUUCAAACAGAGUUUCAUUUCUUGAUUCAUGGUCUGGUACAGAAUCAUUAAACGUUCUCAUUAAGAUUUUAAAGUUAUUUUUAACAAAGUAUCCUAAUAUUACUACAGUUACAACAAAUGAUUAUUACACUUUGACUAAUAAAUUUGAUGAUUUUGAAGAUGAAUUUUUGAAGAUAAUAACUCCAAUGCUACCAAUUCCAUUAAAAGAUGAACUUCGUCAAAAAAACCGAGAAGAUAACCAUAAUACUAAUAGUAAGUUACUCAAUCCAUUGCUUUUGAAGUUAAAUAGUCCAACUAUUAAAAAUUGGAUAUAUUUACAAUGUUGGAUCGAUAUCUUUAAUUCUCAUUCAGCUCCAUAUUUGAAACCAAAUCCAAAUUCAAUGAUAGAUUUUAAUUCCAUUAUUGGGAAAGCCCCUUCUACUUCGAGUUUGAAUUCACAAUCAAAUUCAAAUUCGGCUUCGACCGAAGUGUUAAGACCAACUUCUCUGUCUAAGACAAACUCUGCAUUCACGAUCGGAUUAGGUAUCAAUAAUAAUCAUAGUGCUGAUUGCAAUGAUAAUAUUGUCACUAGCAAAAGAAGAGAAUCAUCAACUUCACAAACUCGUAUGAGCCAAACAAAUAUGUCUUCUUCAAAUUUCCCACCUCCACCAACUGCAUUAGAAAGAUGGACAUCUAAUACUUCUAAUUUAUCCAGAACAACUAGUAAUGGUUCAUCCAUCAUGAACUAUUUUUCACAAUCUCAACAACAGUUAAGUUUCCAAGAACCAAUAAUGGAAUUUCAAUCACCGUUGGAUUCAUCAGUAAUGAUCAUGGGCAAUAUUGGAUCAUCUUCACCAUCCUUAAAUUCCAAUAAACCUUCAUCUUCAUCCUUUUUCAGAUUUUCUUGGUCAAGUAUAACUAAAUCCGAACAAGAUGAUACUAAUGAUGCUGUAACUAAUAAUUCAGAAUACUCUCCAAAUGUAAACGGGUACAAGCAGCAACACCAAUCUUCAACAUUUGUACUAGAUCAAGGAAUUAUCAAUUCUAAUAUAUGGACUUCCACAAAUAUUAAAUUAUUUAAAGUUACGAAAGAUUAUAAAGAAGAAUUUUCGUUCCUUGAUAUGACAUCUUCAUUACUGAAAAAAUUCAGAUUUAAUAAUUCAAAUGAGGUUGAAAUGGGAAGCAACAACAAUAUUAAUAAUAAUACUAGAAAAUCUUCUCAUUCUUCAAUUUUUUUGCCAAAGACAUUUGUUUAA